GGAGAUGAAAAUGGAAAAGGCGUUAUCGACAUUGGGAGCAAUGGUAUAAGAUUUGGAUUAGUAUCUUCAUUGAGUCGUCAUCUACCAGUAAUUUAUGAAGAAAGAGCUCCAAUAUCAUUGUUUGAUGCUCAACAUUCUGGUACUGAGCGUGUAGGCAUCCCGGAAUCUGUAAUAGUUGAUGUUAUAAAUAGCUUGAAACGUUUUAAAUUACUUUCUCAACAAUAUAAAGUCAAUGAUGUCAAAGUUUUAGCAACUGAAGCAACACGAACUGCUCCUAAUUCUGAUGAUUUUCGUUCUCGAAUACUUAAAGCUACAAACUGGGAUAUUGAUUUACUUUCAAAAGAUGAUGAAGCUAAAAUUUCUGCAAAGGGUAUAAUUGCUACUUAUUAUGGUGUUGAAGGAUUAGUCAUGGAUAUGGGUGGUGGGUCGGUGGAAAUAAAUUACGUAAUUCAUCAUCCCGAAGAAGAUUCAAUUGAAAUGUCUGAUUCUCCAAUAAACCUUCCAUAUGGUGCUGCUGCGUUGUCAAGUUUAUUAAGUGAAGCUAAUAACCCACGAAAACGUCAUGAAUUAUUUGAAAAGAUAAAAGGUGAUUUAGAAAAAAGUUAUAAAAAACUGAAUCCUCCAAAGAAUAUUGAAGAUGAAUCUGGUUUUAAGGUUUAUAUGAGUGGUGGUGGAUUACGCGCUUUGGGAUAUUUGUGUAUGUCAGAAUUUGAAUCGGAAGCAGGUAAAUCUUCUGAAAAUAAAGCUGCUUAUCCGGUGCCGAUAAUUAAUGGGUACGGAAUUUCGGCGAAAGAACUUGCUCGAAUUACAAAACGAUUGAUACCAGAUCAUGAUCCAUCAAUAACUAAAGAUAAACCAACUGAAAAAUUGUUUCCAAAUGGAAAUCCUUUUCGAAUUAGUAAUCGCCGUGCGAAUCUCAUUCCAGCUGCAUGUUUUCUUCUUGAAGCUGUAAUGGAAGUUAUACCUUUAAGAUACGUAUACUUUUGUGAAGGUGGUGUUCGACAGGGAAAAUGUUUCGACAUGAUGCCUGAAUCAGAACGUAAAAAGGAUCCACUUGAUACUUUUAUUUCUUCUCAUCCAUUGCAACCAAAGUAUAUCACAAAUCAAUAUCGAAACAAAUUAGUGGGUAUAAUUAAAGCAGCUUUGCCUCCCGUUUUUUAUGAUAUACUUGACUCGGACGAUUUAGUAACUGAGACUACGACGAAAAAACCACGGCGACUUGAACGCUUAUUACCAAGUUUGGUUUAUCUUUCUUAUUGGUCGAUGAAUUUAGCCAAGGAAUCUCGUCCUAUUUACGCAUUUUAUCUGCCUCUUGCCGGUGGACCCCUCUGUAAUGCACCCGGAAUAACACAUGUUGAUAGGGCAAUUAUAUCGUGGUGUCUAAUGUAUCGACAUUACAGUGAUUCAGGUGAUGUAGAAGAUGACGUAAGCGCAAUAGCUUCUGCAAUGUUCUAUAGUGUCAAGAAAAUGAUUCCGGGUGGAAAAGAUGGAAGAAAAGUAUGUGAGGUUAUUGGAAAGUUUUUAGGAUUUGUGACGUUAUGUCAUCCGUUCAAUUAUGAACAAAAUGAUGAAGUAUCAAUUAGUAAUGAGCCAUUAAUUCAGUUCAAAGUUUCUGAAGAUGAUCGAGAUGCUAAGAGUGAAAAGAAAACGUACAAUAUUGAAUUGAAUUUAAUGACUAAAAUGGAAAUUACUGAAAAUUCAUCAUUACAAAAAUCAUCCCUCGUCAAUAAUCCAAUCGUGAAGAAGGCUUAUAAGAAGCUUGAGAAGAGUUUUUCGUUAGGGCAGAAAAUUAAGAAAGAUGAUAAGAAAAACAAAAAAAAUGGGUAUCAUAAAUCAGAUAUUAAUAUUAGUGUUUUAAUUUAA